AUGUUUAUAUGACCUUGGGGUGAUAUUAGUUCUGGUUUCAUGUCAAGAUUCGUGAUAAUUUUCAAGGACUCGAGUCCUUGAAAUCUUUACUCGUGAAUUAGUUAGUAACCUGUUGAUGUCCCAAGUUUAGGAAAAGGUAUAUUGUUUGCAACCAAUCUUUUGGUCAUAUUUUGAGCAGAUUUAUUGGUUAAAAAAUGCGAAAGCGGUCUCAAAGUUCAUCAAUUUCACCUAACACAUCGGCCAACGAAUCAAGUGAUACCUUGCAAACCAAUGAGGAAGCCAAAUUUAAUAACAUUAUUCAGAUAAAAAGGGCAAGGAGGUCAGGAUUUGUAUGGCUGACAUUGUUUGCGGUGAUUAUAUACUCUUCUUGGACUGUUCACCACUACCAGUUUGAGAGUUUGCCUGUGCCCCUUACUGCUGACCAAGCUGGCAAAAGGGGUUUCUCAGAGGUGGAGGCAAUGAAGCAUGUUAAAGCUCUGACUGAAUUGGGCCCUCAUCCUGUUGGUUCUGAUGCUCUCGAUCUUGCUCUGGCAGAGAUAACUGAAUAUGCUUUCAACACAGUAUGUUUUGCAGCAUCAGGAAAAAUUAAAAAAACAGCUCACUGGGAGGUUGAUGUUGAAGUGGACUUUUUCCAUGUUAAUUCUGGUGCAAGUCGUCUGGUCAGCGGCAUGUUUGUGGGGAGAACACUUGUCUAUUCUGAUCUGAAUCACAUCAUAUUAAGAAUCUUGCCAAAAUAUGUACCUGAAGCAGGAGAAAGUGCUAUUUUGAUUUCUUCCCACAUUGAUACUGUUUUCUCAACGUAUGAUUUCUUCCUUCUCUGUUAA